AUGGAUGAAGUAGGCCUCCUUAGAGAAUGGAUGAAUCUAAUUUGGGGCUCCGUGGCAGCUGCUGAUGCUUUCCAUCAUUCACUAGCAGCAGCAGCAGCAGCAGCAGCAGCAAAUGCAGCAGUAGCAGCAGCAACAGAAAAGGCAGCAGCGGCAACGGCUGCAAAGCCAGCAGCAGCGGCAACCGUACAGACAGCAGCAGCAGCUGCAGCAGUCCCGAAAGCGGAGGAACUCACAGGAGGUAUAGCAGCAGCAGCAGCAGUAGCAGCAGCAGAAGUUGCUCUUUUCUGA